AGACCUUCGUUUUAGUCAAAUACAUCACUUUCUAUUAAAGGAACCGAAACUUUAAGUGGAAGUCUAACAUAUGAGGAAACAGAACUGCUCCAGUUAAUUCAAAAUGGGAACGACAAGUGACGAGAUAGUUUCUGUGGAACAAACCCCGAGCUCCUUAAAUCCUCUGUGUUUUGAAUGUGGCCAGCAGCACUGGACAAGAGAAAACCACUUAUACAAUUACCAGAACGAAGUGGAUGAUGACCUAGUCUGCCACAUUUGCCUUCAGCCUCUGCUGCAGCCGCUAGAUACACCCUGUGGACACACAUUCUGCUACAAGUGCCUCAGAAACUUUCUGCAAGAGAAAGACUUCUGUCCAUUGGACCGGAAACGACUUCAUUUUAAGUUGUGCAAGAAGUCUAGUAUUCUAGUACAUAAGCUUCUGGAUAAAUUACUAGUUUUAUGUCCUUUUUCUUCAGUGUGCCAAGAUGUAAUGCAGCGCUGUGAUCUGGAGGCACAUCUUAAAAAAAGGUGUCCUGGAGCUUCUCAUUGGCGAGUUGCCCUAGAAAAACGGAAAACUAGUAAAACUCAGACAGAGAUUGAGAGUGAAAAUGGACCCACUGUAGUAGAUCAUCCAGGGACCGUGUCACCAGAAACAGACAGUUCGGGGACAGGGGCAGUGCCUGCUGAACGGGACUUUACAUCAGCGUCUCUCUCCGCAUGGGCCGAGGAGCCUGGCCUGGACAACCCCGCCUUCGAGGAGAGCACUGGAGCUGACACCGCACAGCAGCCACUUAGUUUGCCAGAAGGAGAAGUAACCACGAUUGAAAUUCAUCGGUCUAAUCCUUACAUUCAGUUAGGAAUUAGCAUUGUGGGUGGCAAUGAAACACCACUGAUUAACAUUGUUAUCCAGGAAGUCUAUCGAGAUGGGAUAAUCGCCAGAGAUGGAAGACUCCUUGCCGGAGACCAGAUUCUUCAGGUUAACAACUAUGAUAUCAGCAAUGUGUCCCAUAAUUAUGCCCGAGCUGUCCUUUCCCAGCCAUGUAGCACACUGCACCUCACUGUGCUUCGAGAGAGACGCUUUGGCAGUCGAGCAAACAACCAUCCUGAUAACAGCUCUCCACGAGAAGAGAUUUUCCACGUAGCUCUUCAUAAACGGGACUCUGGAGAGCAGCUCGGCAUCAAAUUAGUACGAAGGACAGAUGAGCCAGGUGUUUUUAUUCUCGACCUGCUGGAAGGAGGGCUGGCCGCACAGGAUGGAAGGCUCAGUAGCAACGAUCGCGUGCUCGCCAUCAACAGCCAUGACCUGAAGCAUGGAACACCUGAGCUUGCUGCACAGAUCAUUCAGGCUAGUGGAGAGAGGGUGAACCUAACAAUUGCAAGACCAGGGAAAGCACCUCCUGGUAACACUAGCCGCGAAGCUGGAACUCAGAGCAGCAGCCAGCACCACUCUCAGCAGCUGUAUCACAGCAGACCCAGCUCACACAAGGAUCUUACCCAAUGUGUUACAUGUCAAGAAAAACAUAUUACUGUAAAGAAGGAGCCACACGAGUCCCUUGGAAUGACAGUUGCUGGAGGCAGAGGAAGUAAGAGUGGCGAGUUGCCCAUCUUUGUAACCAGUGUGCCACCUCAUGGCUGUCUUGCACGAGAUGGCAGGAUCAAGAGAGGUGAUGUGUUGCUGAAUAUCAAUGGCAUUGACUUGACCAAUUUAAGCCACAGUGAGGCUGUGGCUAUGCUGAAAGCCAGUGCUGCUUCCCCAGCUGUUGUCCUUAAAGCGCUGGAGGUCCAGAUUGCGGAGGAGCCGACGCAGACCACAGAAGAGCAGCCCAGCGCUUUCAGUGAGAACGAGUACGAUGCCAGCUGGUCCCCAUCGUGGGUCAUGUGGCUCGGCCUUCCAAGUGCCCUUCAUAGCUGCCAUGAUAUAGUUUUACGGAGAAGUUAUUUGGGAAGUUGGGGCUUUAGUAUCGUCGGUGGAUAUGAAGAGAACCACACCAAUCAGCCUUUCUUCAUUAAAACUAUUGUCCUGGGAACUCCUGCUUAUUAUGAUGGAAGAUUAAAAUGUGGAGACAUGAUUGUGGCUGUGAACGGCCUGUCGACCGUGGGGAUGAGCCACUCAGCGUUGGUGCCCAUGUUGAAGGAGCAGAGGAGCAAGGUCACUCUGACGGUCAUUUGUUGGCCUGGAAGCCUCAUUUAGAGUUUUGAAACUGGUUUAGAGUUGACCAUCUUUGCUUGAAACCCUUUGGUUUCAUUGUGUUUCUGGUUGUUAGGAGCUACUGACACAGCUGGUAUAGGCAGGGCCAAAAACCACUAAGAUUGUCCUUUAAUUCCAUAAUAGUUCUCUCAAGUUAGACACAUUUCUUUCAUCCUGAAAGCAGUCUCCCAUUAACCCUUGUGAGUUUACAUUUGCAGAAUUCAGCCUCUAGUUGUCAGAAUGUUACCUAUAAUACAGAAGGAAGCCUCCCCAGACUGGCAGAGCCAGCUGGAUUAUGGAACUUCUGGUGGGUCUUUGUUUUCAAAAACGGAAUCGUAAAGCGGAUUACGUGUCCUCCACGACUGGAGUCGGUGAAGCCAAGAGAAGUGCGUUCACUGCCGCUGUCACAGCCAGCACCAUGAAUGGGUACAUUUUAAAUUUGAGUGAGAAUCGAUUCCCAUUUUUCAUCGGUACCAACAUUUCAAAAAUUCAUCCUAUUUAUAAAGUGAUCUUUCUGGUUUCUUUUAUUUCUGCUUUGGUCUCUCAGUAUUCAUAGAUAGUGAAGACAUAAGCUUGACACUAUGAAGAGGUUUUUUAAAAAUAAUGCACCAUUAUUAGAAUAGUAGAGAAUAAAAGAUAAUGUUAUCCAGUGAAAAAAAGGAAUUUGGAAGGUAAUUAUAGUUUAGUGCUGAAGAUGGUUAAAGCCUCAUUUACUUGAACAGUCCUAAAGCAUUAAUGAUUCAUUUCCAAAGGAAUGUUUUGUUACAUAGGAAAAUUUUGAAGCAGUUUUUGCUAAAAAUCCUUUCUAGAGUUUGUAUUGUAUUUAUCAGCAGUCUUGGCUGGAAAUGUUUUUGUGAUUUAUGCAGCUAAAAUAGAUGAUAAAGAUAAAACCAUACUGCUGUUAAAUAUACACUUAUAUAUAGAUAGAUCACAGCCAAAUAGGAGAAGGAGACCUUUUUAUUUUAUUCUGAUAAGAGUCUUGAGUGUUUUAGAAGCCCUUGUUUUUCCCAUUAUUUCAUUACUUAUGAACGUAAUUAUUUCAAGAGACAAAAAAGUUCUGGUUUUUUAAAUAGGUUUUAGAUCUUAAUAUUUUCCAAUCAACACUUGGUCACUAGACUAUUUCAUAUUUUUGAAAUGUUUUUGAAAGCUCUGACCAGCCCAUUUUGUUUGUCCUUUAUUCCACAUAAUUGUGCUUUGGAAGAACACAUAAAGAAAUGAAUAAGAGAAAAGUAUCUUUACCUUUUUAAUAUUAUGCAUAAUUGAAAAAAGUUUCAUUUAGAAAUCUAGUUCAGAAUCUGAGCUAAUUUACAAGUGGCCUCUGGAAUAAAUGGUGUUGAUGAUCAGAGAAUGUAUUUCAAAACACUUUAAUCUGUUGUGAAGCAUGACCACUUUAUUUUCCAACUUAGCAGUUUCAUUGCUGGGAUUUAUUGUAUUUGCAUGUCAUUGAUUAUUCCAGUUAGUUUUAUAAUGAUUUUUUCAAAACAUACCUCUUUUGAAUAAAUAGGAAAUGUCAACCAUAAUGCUUACUGAUGUGUUCAACUCCCUAGCUAUACUGUGUGGUCAACUUAUAACCAGGAUACAGUGUAAUGCCCCAUACAGUAUAUUACUGUUAUGUGAUGAUUGGCUUUUGAAACAAUUUGAUAUUGCAAUGCUUUGAUAUUCUAAUUGAAACAGAACAAGUUUUUUCCCCUGCACCCCAGGUAGAAUUUUGUUAACUACUUGCUAUUUUUUUUUUAAACAUUUUAUAAGAGUGCAUCAUUUCUUGGGGAGUGGCCAUCCAUCAACAAAUAUAAGUACCACUUUGUUAUAUAUAAAAUACUUACAUUGAAUCCUGUGGUAUAAUGAGUGUUUAGAAAGAAAAAAAUUUUUAAUCAUGGAAGUCUUGGAAUCAGCUUAAGCCACAGGUUUUCUUACGAAAGACUAGCUUCUGGUCAGAGUGAGGUUUGGGAUGGAAACUUGUUCAUAAUUUAUUGUUACUAUGGAAAUAUUUGGAUUUUCUCUUCUGGUUAAAUAUUUUGAUUUGUUCCAUGCCUUCAGUUUAAAUUAUUUCAGGAUUUUUCAGAUGUGUUUAAAUAAUGAUGUGAUAAUCAUUCAGGAUGGAAAUAAAAGUCAUCCUUUCUAUAACA